AUGGCUCACGCAUUCAGGAUGAGUGACCUCGGCCUGCUUCACUACUAUCUCGACAUUGAAGUCAGGCAGAGCGCGGAGGGCACCUUGAUCAGCCAAAGAGCCUAUGCCACCAAGAUUCUAGAGAAGAGCGGCAUGGCAGGAUGCAAUCUAUGUCAAGUACCAAUGGCAAUGCGUCUAAAACUGAGCAAGAGGAGCACGGAGCCGCUGGUGGAUGCAACAGCAUACAAAAGCAUCGUGGGGAGUCUCAGGUACGUGGUCAAUACUCGUCCAGACUUGGCAUUUGCUGUUGGUUAUGUGAGUCGUUUUUUAGAGGAGCCACGAAAGGAUCACUUGGCUGCUGUGAAGCAAAUUCUCCGCUAUGUGGCGGGAACCAAGAGCUGGGGUCUCAGGUAUGAAAGAAAGAAAGAGGAGUAA